CCCCAACCUUCAUAUCCUCCCUCAACUCCCCUCAACCACGACCAUACCGACUCUCCUUACCCUUCGGCGUGCUUUAUUACUUUCUUUCAAGCGGUGCAAUACUAUAAUAGAAGACUCAACAAUUAAUAUUCAUCCCCCGAGCGUCCGAGUGCAUACAUUCCAAACCCACCAAAAAGCGAAGACCACAUCUGUAUCCAACAUCCAUCACAAUCACACGUCGCAUACAUACGCAUUGACGCCCUCACCCUUGCUCAACAGACCCUCCAGCACACUACCUCUGACCUGACCCAUAAGCAAAGGUCCCUACGACCGCUCGACCUCAUACUCCAACAACCCACGCCACUCUCCUCCCGACCAACACACACCCUCCUGAUCACCUCCUCCACAGCACACAAUGCAGUACGUGCGGAGCAUCAGCGGCUCCGUCUCGACGACAUGGAAUUCGAUCAACCCAGCCACUCUCAGCGGCGCAAUUGACGUCAUCGUCGUCGAGGGAGAGGACGGCUCGCUGGCCUGCUCGCCCUUUCACGUGCGAUUUGGCAAGUUCUCGCUACUGCGGCCGUCGGAGAAGAAGGUCGAGUUCCGCGUGAACAACGCGAAGCAGGACUAUGCUAUGAAGCUGGGAGAUGGGGGCGAGGCCUUCUUCGUCUUUGAGACUAGCAACGAUAUCCCCGAGGGGCUGCAGACGUCGCCGUUGGUGUCGCCGACGUCGAGCCCGCCGCUUGAACCGGAGGGGUCUGUGGUUGUUGGGCUGCAGGAGCCGGAUUUCCUGGACCUGACGACGGAUGAGAAGGGGAAGAGGCCGCCGCCGUCAGUGUUGCAGUCUCCGGCUCUCGGGAAGGGCGCGAACAACUUAGAUAUAUACGGACAGCUUGCGGGACCUCCAGAAGUCACACUCGAGAGGCCGCGAUCAGGGGACUGGUCGGGGCUGUCUCUCGAACGGCGCGCCGCCAGCGAUAGAUUUGUCGAGAAGCGAAGGACAUAUAGCAAUCAAGAGACUAAUCCAGUAGACCGCCAAGGCCGAUCUGUGGUACCACCUCCUGGACAAGAUGGGCCCUCCGAUACAUUUACCGAACGCUCACAAAGCCCUCCUCCAUUGCCUACACGCGAGGCGAUCGAACGGGCGAUUUCGCUCUCGAAGCAGCUGGCCGUGUCGAAUAUCCCCUCGCAUGUGACAGACACAGGAGAUCUGAUGCUGGAUAUGACGGGAUACAAGAGCAGCGACGACGAUGCACUACGGGCAGAGGUUAUUGCCCGCAAACUACUGUCAGAAGAGCUAGAGGGGAACUACGACAUCGGAGCGCUCAUCGGAGCCGACGAACAAGGAAACCUAUGGAUCUACAGCAGCGAAGAGGCAAAGGAAGCAGCUGUCCACCGAGCCCAGCUCGCCGGAAUCCGUCCUGCCCCUGGCAUUCUGACGAGCGACGUCGCGUCCGACCCCGGCUACCACAGCGACGGAGGCGACAGCGACUCGGCCGAGAUCAAGGCAAUGCGCCUCCGCUCUGACUCUGACCAAUUCCCCGGCCUCGAAACCCCGCUCCUUCCCCUCUCAGAAGCUAGCACCGCCGGCGACCCGAACAGGAACUACGCCAAGACCCUGCGCCUGACCUCCGAUCAGCUCAAGGCGCUGAAUCUCCAGCCCGGUCCCAACAUGAUGUCCUUCACGGUCAACCGCGCGACGUGCACGGCAUACAUGUACCUCUGGCGCCACGAUGUCCCAAUCGUCAUCUCCGACAUCGACGGCACGAUCACCAAGUCCGACGCCCUGGGCCACGUGCUCAACAUGAUCGGCCGCGACUGGACGCACAUCGGCGUUGCAAAGCUCUACACGGAGAUCGAAGCGAACGGGUACAACAUCAUGUACCUAACCUCCCGCUCCGUCGGACUCGCCGACACCACGCGCGCCUACGUCGCCGGCGUGGUGCAAGACGGGUACCGCCUCCCCCGCGGCCCCACAAUUAUGAGUCCCGACCGCACGAUCGCCGCGCUGCGGCGCGAGCUGUACAUCCGCAAGCCGGAGGUAUUCAAGAUGGCGUGUCUGCGUGACAUCAAGAACCUCUACGGCGAUGGGCGGACGCCGUUCUACGCGGGUUUCGGGAACAGGCUCACGGACGCGCUGUCCUACCGCAGCGUGAGCAUUCCGAGUAAUCGCAUCUUCACGAUUAAUAGCUAUGCGGAGGUGAGCUUGGAUCUGCUGUCGCUGAAUAAGUUGAAGUUGAGCUAUGUCAAUAUGAGGGAGGUGGUGGAUCACUACUUUCCGCCGGUGAGUAUGCUGAUUAAGGGGGGUGGGGAGGAGUUUACGGAUUUUAAUUAUUGGCGCGAUAGGCCGAUGGAGAUGGAGGAUUUUAGUGCGUCGGAGGAUGAGGAUGAGGAUGAAGAUGAGGAUGGGAAUGAGGGGGGCUCGGAUGAUGGGGAUGACGAUGGGGAUGAUGGGGAUGAGGAUGUGGGUGAUAUGGGGGAUAGCUAUAUCAGCCGCGACUCGAUCGAUGAGUACGAUGAGGAGGAUGGGGAGGAAUACGACGAGGAGGACGAUACGGCUGAUAUCAGUAACAUCAACGAAGACGCUGAUGAGAGCGAUGCCCCGAUCUUAGAGGACAUGCCGACGCCGGUUCCUCACGGGGAUAGGGAUGCGACGCCUAGCGCCGCGGCGUCGAGGGCACCUAGCAGGGGAGGAUACACUGAAGAUCCGGAUGCGGAUGUCAUCUCUGGGAUGAAGGGGCUGAUGAGGCAGGAGGAGAGUCCGCAUGUGGAGCGCGAGGACAAGUCGAAGGGGUAUGGAAAGGAUUAUGACGUGCACGGGGUGAGGUAAUGGGUUGUGUGGUGGAGAUAGAGAUGUAUGAUGGGUAGGGUUUGGGGGGCGGAAUGGGAUAUACCCUGGAGUUGAAUGAAGCAUUGUGGGUGCGUAUGGCGGAUGGAUGGAUGGGGGUGUAAUACUAGUCAUGGGGUAAAGGCGUUUUAGAUGGGAUAUUUUGUCAGGAGAUAUACAGACGCAUAGCGAGAGAAAGGGGGGUUACUGUUAUUGUUAUAUUACCUAUAUAUUAGAUAUGAAUUUCGUUGAACUUUUC